CAGGCAGGGAGGGAACAGGUAAGGUUUAGGUUCCUUUAGUCAAUGCGGCGGAACAUCAGGGACAAAAGAACACACACUCAGUGGACUCCAUUCUCGUUUGGUUUGUUCUCGGCUACAGACGAGUGUCCAAAAUGACACAGGAACCCCUGAAAUCGACUUUAUGUUUCGGGGACAUUGGAGAGACCUCGCUGGCGCUUCCGUCAGACAGUAAUUCCCAUUCGGGACAGCGGCGUGUCCUGGAGCAGGUUAGCAGCAUGAGGAGGAGCAAGAGCAAGUACAACAGCAGAGGAUCAUCAGGAACUCUGUCCCCCACUAGCCCCAAGAGUGACAGCGUGCUUCAUGAAUAUAAGUUCUCCCCGACGCAUCUAAAUGGAUCGGACUUUGUGUUUGAAAGCACCUUGGGAAAUGGACAAGCGAAAACAAGGAGCCAGAAGCAGAGCAUAAUGCAAAGGAGCUUAAGCACCAAGUCAGCCAACUAUCACAGGAUGCCAAAUAACAUGUUUCAGAACACCUUUGCUUCUCGAACCAUGCCCAGUGCCACGGCUGACCUCUAUGCCAGUCAAAUGGGUGUUAAAGUUAACACCAGCCAAUGGAACCAGCAGUACAAGCAGUCAAAAGUCCUGGAAAGAAGGGACAGCCAACCUGUAUCCACCAGCCCUGUUCAAAUGAAAGGGAACGCCAUUUCUCAGAGCACCAGCAAUCAUUUAAUUAGCAGAACUACCAUCAACAGGCGACCUCCUUCUGCCCACUCAAAUUCUGACCUCAAGCUCCCAAUGGCUAGCAAGAUCAAGGAUGAGAUGAACGGAAUGAACGCAGAGGCAAAACAGUUUGAUAUCCCAUUAUCAGAGGCGAUAAGCUGCAUCAACUCUGGGGAUGAAAGGUAUCAGCUGCACGGAGCUUCUGUUAUUCUGCAUAACACAUACACAGAUGACAAGGCCAAAGAAGAGGUACGGAAGCUAAAUGGCAUCACUCCAUUGGUGUCCUUGCUUCACCACUCAAACCCUCAGGUUCAGCUGAUGUCAGUCUCUGCCUUGCGUAACCUCGUCUUCAAGAAUUCAGCCAACAAGGAGGAGGUACGGCGCAUAGGAGGGUUGACCGAGGCUUUGCAUCUACUCCGAGACACUAACAUGGCCGAAACUCAGAAACAUGUGACCGGUCUUCUUUGGAACCUGUCCUCAGAGGAAUCCAUUCAACCCGAUCUGCUGCGUCAGGCUCUGCCUGUUCUCACUGAGACAGUGCUGCAGCCGUACGCAGACCACUCAACCAUCGUGUCUGAUUUGGAGUGUCGUACAGAGACCUUCUACAAUGUCACAGGAUGUCUCCGAAAUCUGAGUUCUGGAAAACUGCCUAAUCGUCAAGCUUUGCGCAACUGUGAGGGCCUGAUUGACUCACUAGUCACACACAUGCAAUCCUCUGUGGAGAGCAACAAUCUGGAUAAUAAGUCUGUGGAGAACUGUGUGUGUGUUUUGCACAACCUCACUUAUCAGCUGGAAACUGAGUCACCUGCAAUGUUCAGUAAGAUAAAUGCACUGGAAUUGGCUUCUGAAACCCGUGCUAGCUCCGCCGACACUGGCCCUAUCGGCUGCUUUAGCAACCAGAGCCGCAAGAUCCAGCAAGAGAGCAACUGCCAAUACCCGCUGAUGGAUGAUUUAGCUCCCAAAGGCAAGAGCCGGCUUGUUCAUUCAAAGACACUUGAGUCGUAUCUGCAUCUGCUGAGCUACAGUCAGAACGAAAUCACUCAGGGGGCAUGUGCUGGAGUGCUGCACAACCUCACCGCCAAGAAGGGCAUAGUGUCAGAUACAUUGAGUCACAUCAUCGUUCAGAGGCUGAAUGGUAUACAUAGCAUCUCUCCACAUCUAGAGUCACAGAAUCUUACCCUGAGGAACAGCAUCAGCACACUGAUAGGGAACCUGUCUCGGACUCCACAGCUGCACAGAGCUCUGGCUCGUCAGGCUCUUCCUGGUGUUAUCAAGACCUUGACAUCUGACUAUACUCCUGAGUCUGAUAGUGCCAUAGCAGCGGCCUGCCACACGACAAACAACCUGCUGAGGGGAGAACCAGAACUGGGGAAGAAAUUUCUAAGCAAUGGCCUGAUCAACUCACUCAAUAAUAUGAGUAACAACCUAGCCUUGCCGAAGGCCAGCAAGGCAGCAGGCGUUCUCCUUCAUAACCUCUGGUCUGACAAGACUAUUCAGGGUUUCCUCAAGAAGCAAGGGAUGAAUAAGAAUUUCUUUGUGAAUGAGGUAACUUCAGCUGCACUCAGGUCUUUUCAGAUUAUUGAGUAAGUUGAUCAUUCUGCAGUUGACGACGUCCACAAAAACCCAACUCUUACAGAACAGCUACAGCAAAUGACUUAUGUAACUCUGCAUAUGUAAUAAAAUCACAUAUUCUUAUCUGCUUUAAAUAUAGAGAACUGCAAAGGUAAUAAUAAAAAAGUAGCAGAGAGGAAUGUAAAUAAGCUUCACAGUGCUGAGUUUGCAUAGAAAUAAAAAAAAGUCUAUUUCUUUAUCUUUGUAAUUUCACUUUUUUUUUUCAUGGAAGCACCGUAAUGGGAACAUAUUACAUUUUCACUGCAGUUUUUGAAAAAUGGCUUUACAUUUUCUGUCUGUUUGAUGGAUUGAUAUUUUAAGUAUAAUGCCUAACAUUAAUAGAAAAUGAAUAAUGAGAGGGGAUGCAUUUUUAUUUGGAUUAUAUGUCACUUGUGUUAAAAAUGGAGAAAUAUCAUAAAGAUUUGGGUUUUGAUUCCUGCCAACCCAAUACAGUUAACAUUAGGGUCAGGUAUAAGUCAUCCAAGGUAUUAUUAUUAAUAUUAUUUUUUUUCUGAUGCAUUGCCUUUUAAUAAUCUUUCACUUGAUCAUAAUAUUUGAAGAGGGUUCCUUUGUAGUUAGUCAUUUCAUUAGAAUUUCAUGUUUGAGUUGUUAAUAUCCCCCCCCAUCAGAUACCAAAUAAAGCUUUUGAAAUGGUA